CAUAAAUUCAGUUUUUUGAGCUAAAUAAAAGUAAGUUUCGACAACAAUAACUGUGUUCACACGAAAAUGAGUCGUCCUACCAACAAAUUAAUUGAUAAAGGCCAAUUAGCGAGUAGAGAGUACAACGAGAUUCUCAAUUUACCAACUGCACAGUGUAAACAAAGGCCAACAUCGACUCGCAAACAACGAAUUAGGAAAGAAGAAAAUCAACUCGUAAACUUCGAUAAAAGUGUCCUGUUCCGGGCUGCCUUGAGCGAUGACUUAAAAUCCGUUUCAUUGAUGAAGUUUACGGGCAACGAUGUUAACAGCUGUGAUACAUUUGGAUGGACUGGUUUGAUGAUAGCAGCAUGUGAAGGCUCACGAAAAGUGUGUGAAUUUCUGCUGCACAAAGGAUGUGACUUAGCCAUAGCUGACCGUAGUGGAAACACUGCAAUGUCGCUGGCAAAGAUGAAGAGUCGAACUGAAAUUGUUAAAAUGAUUGAAGAGAAAUUGGCCAACACGCCGAGAGUUGUUCCAUCCGCGAGUGAAACUUCCGCUCAACCAGUAGCAUACGAUCCGUUUUGGUGUGAGGACUGUCAACACUUGUUCAAAGAAACCUCCAAAAAAUCGCAUGAAACAUCCACGUUGCAUCGAUUCAAUCGCAAAAAUUCGUUUGAGUUUUCCCGUCGUUAUUUCAUCCCCGACUCAAAUGUUGGUUUCAAAAUGAUGCUACGCCAGGGCUGGGAUCGUGAAGGUCUGGGACCGAACAGCGACGGGAAAUUGUAUCCCGUAAAAACGACAAUAAGAAGAGCUCGAUCUGGUCUCGGGACAAAACAAGACUCUGCUCGGAUAACGCACUAUUCGGCGUACGAUCGGGACGCCAUCAAAUGGCGACCAGCCGCUCCGAAAGCCAAAACGAAAAAGCAACUCGAAAAAGAUUCAAAGAAAAACCAGCGAAAAGAAAUGGCCAUUCGACGUGCGCUGUCCUAAGUCUUUGCCGUAACCACAAAACGAAUCUUUUCUUG